CAACUGCAGUUAGCAAGUUUAAUACAACUAACUGUUAUACUAUAGUCACCUGCUGCUACGGCUCAACCGGGGGGGGCUUAUCACAUUAAAAAGUACCAGGAUGACGGCUUAAAAGAAGCUCGUUAUCUGUGGCUAACGUUAGCUUGUUGUUUGCCGUAACAACUUUUUAGCACCUCAACGCUAACUUAACCCUAGCCAGCUAACGUUGACUCACGUUAAGUUAAGGAGCAUCGUUGCUUUUCCUGCAACAACGUCACAGGGCUAAGUUACAAGUGCUCCAGCUGUGCUACACAUCAUCCAGGUAUAGCUAUACAGUCUGGUGAGGUGCAGCCCACAGCAUGUCCUGCCAGAAAGGCGGGGCUGUAGAGUCAGGACUUAAACCCGCUGAUUCGUCCACCUCUCACUCCGCUAUGAACGAUGGCGACGUCCUCGCAGUCACCAUCGGAGCCACCGUGCCUACAGGGUUUGAGCACACUGCUGCAGAAGAGGUCAAGGAGAAAAUUGGGGUCGAUGCGGUAAUCGGCAAAGAUCGUGGUCGCAUCUACUUUCCAAUAACCACUGACAAGCUUUCCCAGGUCCAUCUUCUGAGGUCUGUGGACAACCUGUUUGUGGUGGUUGAGGAAUACGAUCAUUACCCAUUCAAACAAUCAAAGGAAGAGACGUUGAUGGAGAUGAUGCAGCUUGCCUCCAAACUGCCCUGGACCGAUGCCUUGGAGGUUUGGAGGCUAAAUGGCAAAUUAAAAAAGAGGAAAGGCUACCGCAAGGGAGGAAAUGUCACAAAAGCCAAAUCCAGUUGUGAGGUGGCUGAUGCAACUGUGGAUGACACGGCGCAGCAAGAGCUACCUCAGGCGGUGUCUGCUGCUGAAUGCCAGACUAAAGCAGAGAGCACUGCUGCCACAGAGACCGGCACGACAGACUCUGAAGCGGCAGAACCUGCAGCUAAACUCAUCAAGUUCCGUGUGACAUGCAACAGGGCCGGUGAUCGGCACAGCUUUUCUUCCAAUGAGGCGGCCAGAGAUUUUGGCGGGGCUGUGCAAGAGUUUUUCCAGUGGAAGGCGGACAUGACAAAGUUUGACGUAGAGGUGUUACUAAACAUACACAAUGAAGAGAUGGUGAUCGGCAUUGCUCUCACAGAAGAGAGUCUGCACAGGAGAAACAUCAGUCACUUUGGACCCACCACUCUGCGGUCUACCUUGUGUUAUGGCAUGCUCAGGCUUUGUAAACCUCAGGCAUCGGAUAUAAUACUUGACCCAAUGUGUGGGACUGGAGCUAUACCACUGGAGGGGGCCAUUGAAUUUAACAGUUCAUUCUAUGUUGCCGGCGACAACAAUGACAUGGCUGUUAACCGCACAGUGAAUAAUGUGUGUCACAUCCAGAAACGGAUGGCAGAGAAAAGCGGUGCAUCUGGAUUGCCCAUCGACACCGUGCAGUGGGAUCUUUGCAAUUUACCCAUAAGGACGGGCUCUGUUGACAUCGUCGUCACUGACAUGCCCUUCGGCAAGAGAAUGGGCUCCAGGAAGAAGAACUGGGACCUUUACCCGUCCUGUCUGAGAGAAAUGGCCCGUGUGUGCACACCAGGAACCGGGAAAGCUGUCUUGUUGACACAAGACAAGAAGUGCUUUACCAAGGCUAUCUCCAGGAUGGGAGGACUGUGGAAGAGGCUGCACACCGUUUGGGUCAAUGUCGGGGGUUUACAUGCUGGAGUCUACCUCCUCAAGCGGACCGGGGGCGUGUUUGGCCAAACUCCGGAAGAUGUCUAUGAAUCAAGAGGGGCGGUUAAAGCUGGUGGGGACGAGACUGGCGACAAGGAGCUCUCUUGAUUCACAUCCUGUGUAUAAGUUCUGCGUUUAUAUUUCAGGCUGUGGAUGAUCAACAUUAUUUAAUGACAUAUAUUGAUAACUUUUUUUUAUCCGUUCACGUUCUCUGGUCAAGUUGUCCAAGCAGUUUUUUAUUUUUCAUUUUGAUUAAAUGUCAUAAAUGGCUAACUGGAAAAAGAAAAUAUAUGUUCAUGUUCAGCAGCAGUUAAUUAGUUUUUGCUUUGUUUGACUGAGGCAGUUCAUAUUGCUGUUCAGAAACACGCUAAAAUAGUUUUAAUAGCAAUCCUCAGACCCGCUGAAUCCACUUUGCAAGAACGUCUCGUUACCAUGUUGGUCCAAUUAAUAAAGAUUUAAACAGUGUCAGUUGAUGUAAAUAUUCAUCACAUCAUGCAAGUUAACAUACAGGGAUACAACCCAGAAGUUACAGCCCUUAUUCUUUUUUUUUCUCAUAUUUUCUUUGAGUGGAGGAGACGGGAGACGGGAGCCUUCCCUUCUUUUCUAUUAAGUUCUUACAGUGAGAUUCUCUAGAAUCAGUUUGUUUCACCUUCAUUGCUCCAUAUCUGAUGCGCUGACGUAAACAUAUACCACGGGAUGGGACACGUGGGGGUGGAGUCGGGUAUAUAGUAAAAACGGGAAGUACAAUAAGCGACGCAUUCAGUGUUCGUGAACAUUUGCAUGCAGAGUUGUGACCUACAUUCAAUAAUCCACUGCCUAAGCCUAAAAAUGUUAUGAUGGGGUAAACAACAAUACUGUGUAGUAAUAACUAAUGAAUAGAAAUAAACAUGAAACAGACUACAAA